AUGAGCAGCUCUCAGCCCCCACAAACUCUUCUCGAGAAGCGCAACAAAACUGUCAAAAGGCUAGAGAGUCAUACUGAGGCUUCUCAGGGUCCCGAAACUGACGAAACUGACGGAUCGACCCCACGCUUGUUACCACUUCCUAGACCAGGCCCUGUCGAGUCGAGCCCAGAGCCAAGCCCGGAUACUCUACAGGAACAUAUUGCUACCCAAUCCAUCAUCAGACCCUCUCGAAACGCAUUCGCACGACCAGAUGACCGUCCAGGCUUCGGAAUCUACGCUGGAAGCUCAGAAAGCAGUGUCCUUCCCGUCUCCCAUUCAUCUUGUCCCGGUGCGUCUUCCGAACCACCCAAAUAUACGCCUCUGAGCCUCUCAGCGGAUGAGCCAAUCCCUCGUGUGGGAGAUUCUACUCCUCGACUCUCAGAUGUCAUCACGCCGUCGCUAUCUAUCCCCGAUAAUGCCGCACUUCCUCCAUAUGCGUUCGCUCCAACAGAAGGGGGCUUCGACUUUGAAUUACCUGCACAGAGCCCUAACGCGAACGAAACUACUGUAGUACAACCCACUUCUCACCCCAGCUCUACUGGAACUCCGUGCCUCCCAUCAACGCCAGAUCUCCAUGUCCAGCCUUCCGUCUCAUCACUCCGUGCCGCACUGUACCCGCGACCAACACCCACUAUGGCAGCAAAUCAUACCAUUCCGCGCCGACAGGUCCAACUUGGAGAGCAUAUUCCGGACGAGCUACCGACACGUGAGGAACCCCCUGCUCUGACAACCAUCGCCCGCAUCCAACGCAGCCUAGCCCGAACCUUGCAGAUCCGCACUCCGCCCACUAAUGUCGCAGCUGCAAUCGAAAUGAACGACUUUCCUUCAUCAGCUGGUGUUCCUCGUCUAGCGCACGAUGGAGAGGCCGUCGAGCAGCGGAGGCGUGUGGAGGAACGUCAACGUUUGGAGACUGAGAUUACGGAAAGAGGGAUUUCGAGGGGGGCGAUAGAAGAGAGGAGGCAGCGAGCCUAUAGAAUCUGGACGCCUGUGUGUGUGAUUGCGGGGGUUGUGCUUUUUGCGGUCAUUUAUGUUUCAGUGACGAAGGGGGAGUAG